AUACCAUCUCAUCUUUCUGUUCAACUCUCCUUGUCUCUUGUCUUGUUCGGUCCUCGUCGUCUUUGGCAUAUCUUUACUUCAACGACACUUGCUCUGGAAGCAUUUCAUAUUAUCACUUCCACCGAGCGCCAUCUCGUCUCCCAGAUCACUCGAACAUAGUAAAGAAUUCGUCCGGCACGAUGGUUUCUACCCGAUUUCUUCUCGCGGGGUUGGCUGCAAUGGUGUCUGCGGCUCCUACGACUCCAUGCAAGCCCAAACCACAAACCUCGCCCACUCUUCCAAAGCUUGGAGGAUCAUCCGAACUUCCCGCGCCUGCUGCCAACCUGACACUGAAAAAGAUCGCCAUCGGCCAUGGUAUCCAAAACUACACUUGCGGAGCCGCGGAAGGCAACUCCAGUGCGGCCGGAGCCGUCGCCGUCCUCUACGACGCCACCAGUCUCUUCCCAGGAACGGGAAGAACAGCCCUGUCUCAAGGCGCCUGGGAUAGUCUGCCGUCAACUCUGCUGAGGCAGCAGGCCCUGCCCCUCAACAAGCUCUCGGGCACCGAGUACGGCGCCGACCCAGCGAAGCCGUUCCCCCAGCCGACAGACGAUCUGAGGCUUUCCGGUCUUCCCGUUGUCAAAUUCCUCGGUUAUCACUACUUCGACAGCAACAACGUUCCCAUGUUCGACGUCACCACCGCCGGACUCAAAGCCAGCGUAACCAAGCGGAUAAACCUCGCCGCCCCCAAUGGGGCCGACAAGGGCAUCCUGAACACAGGCGCCGUGGACUGGCUGGAGCUCGGGGACAGCGGCAAGGGUCUCUCCCAGGGCCUGAGCAUCGUGUACCGCGUCGUCACUGCCGGCGGCGCCCCCCAGCCUUGCUCUGUCGCCGGCGUCGGUCUGCAGAGUGUACCCUACACAACCUAUUACUGGUUCUACGGGUAGAACUGCCAAGGAAAGCACGGUUUCGUGUGGUUCACUACGUGAGCAGAGCAGUGAAGUGGCGCAUGUUUUGUGCGAGUUGAUCCUUCCGCUCGAACCGCCAAAAUUGAAUUUGGGAGACGUGCCGGCGGGAGGGACUCGGGAGA